AUGAUCAAGAUUCGGGGGUCACUUGUGGUGUUGCUUGUGCGUCAGCUGCUGGUUGCUGUCGCGGUGCUGGGCGCCUGCUUGGCUGAGGAGGUGCCGAAACCCAGGGCCGUCUUCAGGUCGUCUUCCGCCGUGGGCGACCCCACCAACUGGCACGCCAGCUUCAGCUACGACUCUCCAGAUGGUACGGUGCGUGAAGAGACCAUGCUGCUCAAGAGAAUCGACGACAAGGUAGUGCCAGAAAUUAAGGGUCGCUCUUCCUGGGUUGACAAGCAGUCGGAGAAGAAGAUCGAGCUGACGUACGAAGCUGACGAGCAGGGAUUCCACGCCGAGGGAGAGCACAUCCCCAAGCCGGAGCCGCCUGCGGUGCCGGUCCAGGUGGAGUCUGGAAAGCAGACGGUGAUCGCGGUAGAGCCGCACGUGACUCCUACGUCGAAGGUUCCUCUGCCACCGCCGCCACCGCCGUCUUCGCCAGCCAGGAAGACCGUCGGCCACAGGUUCAUCGAGUGA